GCAUGCGUAGUGAGGUGUGCGCGCUCAGGUAGUUUCGCAAGCAGCGGUACACCUGUUUUCACUUCAAGACACGAUGUCUAGAUUAGACAACAACCCCUUUGCCGAGCCAGUUGAUGUCAAUCCUUUUCAGGAUCCAUCAGUAACUCAGGUGACCAACACUGCAGCUGAUGUCAUCGGAGACUAUAACCCAUUCACAGCCGGUGCUCUGGAUGGACGUACCAUACCCAUCUCAGCCGCAUCUCAACCAGCAGUUCUCCAGACGACAGUGGAGCCCAGUCCUCAGGCCAGUGUAGCUGCAGGACAGGCUGAGCUCCUCCGUCAGCAAGCAGAACUUGAAAAAAAGGCAGCAGAGCUGGAGCGUAAAGAACAAGAGCUUCAGGAUCGAGCUCCAGCACAUGGCAAAGAAAACAACUGGCCUCCAUUGCCGAGGUUUUUCCCUAUAAAACCUUGCUUCUAUCAAGAUUUUAAUGAGGAAAUUCCUGUAGAAUAUCGGAAGGUUUGCAAGAUGAUGUACUACCUUUGGAUGUAUCACAGUGUUACGCUGUUUCUCAAUCUGUUGGCGUGUCUGGCAUACUUCACUGUAUCUUCUCAGAACGGAGGGGACUUUGGACUUUCAAUCCUCUGGUUUAUUUUGUUUACUCCUGCUGCGCUCCUCUGCUGGUACCGACCCGUAUACAAGGCCUUUCAAUCGGACAGCUCCUUCAGUUUCUUCUUUUUCUUCUUCAUUUUCUCAUUCCAAGUAAUAGUGUAUGUCAUACAGAGUGUCGGGAUCCCUCUCUGGGGAAACAGUGGUUGGAUCACAGCCAUCGCUAUGCUCCGUACUAAUAUAGAAGUGUCAGUGUUUAUGAUGGUGGUAGCUGGUUUCUUCAGUGUCAACGCUGUGCUCUCAGUCAUCUUACUGAAAAUGGUUCAUUCCAAGUAUAGGCGGACUGGUGCGAGCUUCCAGAAAGCUCAGGAGGAGUUUUCACAGGGGGUUGUUUCUAACCGAACCGUUCAGACUGCGGCAGCCUCGGCUGCAUCUUCAGCUGUACAGGGAGCCUUCCGUUAGCACCCACAGAUACUGUUAAAGACGGCGUGUCAUUACAACAUUAUUUCAAAAACUUCCGGAAAACUCGGGUGCAAUACAUUAAUUUGGUACUGAAAAUAUUGGACGGUAAAAUAGUUUUACCUGGCUGUAGAUUGGUGAGAAAAUGAGUUGGUUAUCAGGAUAUAGGCUGUCCUUUCCUCCUAUAUUCAUUUUAAAUGAACAAAGGCAAUAAUAGUUGUGGUUUUAUGCACAAGUAAUGUCUCAAGUGUCUCGAAGGCACUGUCUCUGGUCGAAUUGUAAUUAACAUUGAAAUGAAUAUGUAAUUGUUGGGUUAAUAUUGAGUCAGUAUAUGUUAAUAUACCCCCGUCCCCACCACAUCCCCAGUAUGCAUUUAAAAACCUUUUAGUGAAGUUUGUGAGCUGUAGUGUUGCAUGUUGUUUAUUAUUUAAAUGAUUCUGCACUGUGUCUUUAUAUCCUAGCUAAAUUGAACUGUAUUCAGUUGAUGUUCCAGCAAUGGUACUACAACAUUUGAAGAAAGACAUUUUCAAGUAGGAAGCUUUCUUUUAGCUUUUGAGAUAAAUCUUGGGGAUGUUGGUGGCCCUGCUUUAAUAGCUGUUAAUUGUAUUGAUAAUAAGUCUGUUUUUAAAUCAUAGUACUGUUGUGAUAAUGUGCUCAUCUUUUUGUUACUUUGUUACAGUCUUGUUACAUUCUUAAACUGAUGUGAUGGUUUUGCAGUGUUCUCAACUACGAACAAAAUUGUAUGCUUUUAAAUUAUAGAUAUCUUUUAUUACUGUGGUUGACGUGGGUGGGCUGCUAACUGUUUUUGUCUAUUUAAUUAAAUUGAA